AAUUUGUCUCGUUUUGUCGUCCAAGACGUUACAACAUUACGAGUGAACAAAUUUAAGAAGAAAAAUUAAAUAUACCAUAAAACCUAACCUAUCUUUUUCUAUACCUACAGAUAAAACCCUUUUGAAACAUCUUCUUGUGAUUGUGAUUUUUUGUGGGACGUGAUUUUGUGAUCUAUCUUUAAAGUUUAAACAAUUGGUGUUAUUUUUGUCCGUUUAAUUUAAAAUUGCAAAAUUCAGUUGUGUCUGGAACAAAUUAUUUGGAUAAAUAAUCCUAUGGGAUAAAACGAACAAACAUUUUUAAAAAGAUAUUAGAAUACAAAUUCAAAAAAGGAGCCAAAAAUCAACUAAAAGACUAAUUUUUUCUGCUCAAGAGCUAAACAUUUAAACAAAAGAUUUAAAAAAAUGGGUAAAACACAAAGUAAACGAUCUGUCGAUAUAACCACAGAGCCCAAAAAGGAUGGCAUUGCCGAAGAAGGCACCGGCAAGUUGGAAAAAAUCGAAGAUGCCGACCAAUUGAAGCCACAAGUGAAUGGAGACACAAAUCAAUUGGAGAAUGAGGCAACUGAAAAAACCACAGCUGACACUGAAAAUGAAAAAGACCUAUCGACCGAAAAAGAACAAAAUGCUGCUGCUGCCUCUUCGUCCACUCCUGAAUCACCAACUACAGAUGUUGGAGCAAGUGGUGAUGCUACCGCUGCCGCUGCUGCUGCUGCAGCAGUAGCAACAACUCCAGAAGGUGCUGCUGCUGCUUCUGCCGAUGCAAAUGAAAGCAAAUCUGAUGCUGCUGCUACUGUUGCAACUGACGCCGCUGCUACUGCUGCUGCAGAUACAACAACUGAAAAUGGUGAAAGCAGUAAAAAACCAAAGAAAGAGAAAGUCAAAAAGAAAUGGUCAUUCCGAAACAUUUCAUUCGGCAAGAAGGACAAACAAAAGCCAUCCAAAAAAGAAGAGGGAACUGCCGCUAGUGCAGCAGCAACUGCAACAACUGCCACCAAUGGUGAAUGUGAAAAAGUUCCUGAAGAGGCAGCUGAAGAAUCUGCUGCAGCCGUCGCUGCCCCUGCCGAUGCCGCUGAAAAACCAACUGAGACAAAAGCUGAAGAUACAGCCGCUGUUGCUCCAACAACGCCAGCCACAGAAGAACAAAAGCCUGUUGCUGAAGUAGCUGCCAUCGCCGAAGAAGAAAAACCAACAACUCCCGCUGCUGCUGAAUCAGCGCCAUCAACGACAAAUGGAGAUGCAGCACCAGCUGAAAAAGCUGCUGCCAUUGAAUCGAUCCCAGAACCAGCUGCCGUCCCCGCAGUAGCAGCUGCCCCAUCUAUCGUUGCUGAAGAAGUUAAAAUGCCAGAGCCUGUUGCUGAAGUAGCAGCAGUUCCAGCACCAGCACCAGUACCAACAACCAAUGGUACAUCCGAAAAGAAUGACAUUAACGAAACGGUGGAAGAAGAUGCUAAAGCGUUAAACGGCACAGCCGCUGAAUCGCCAAAAAUCGAGGUAAAAACUGAAAACGAUGAAAAAUCUAAUAAUACGAUUGCUGCCGCCAGCGAUAUGGUUGUGGUUUCUCAAUCAUUAUUAUUAGAAGAGAAACCAUUAACUUCAGACGCUGGUGGUGAUCAAGUUCAGAAAUCUUUAAUUGAAUCCGAUCAAGAAAAAGAAAAUAAAAAUGAAAAAGAACAAGUUAUAACUUGCAUUGAACAAACUCCGAAAGAACUAACUACUAGCGGUGGUGAAUCUAUUGAAUCUGUUGCACAAAAUAGUCCCCCACCUCCUCUCCCUUGCUCCCCUCCCCCUUCACAGGUGAUGGUGUUUGCAUUAAGUGAUGAGGAAUCUCAAGUUGCUAAUUCGACAGAAACCCAAGAAGAAGAGAUUGUAGCAGUAACAGAAGCAGCAGCAGCAGAAACUACUGCAGCUCCUGCUGAUGCUGAGUUGAUUGAAAAAUCUCUCAUUGAAUCGGUUCUCUCACAAGAGAAACCAAAACCAAUUGACGAAGAAAAACUUCCUGAAAUUGUAGCUCCAUCAACUCCAGAACCACCACAAACCAUAGAAGAAGUAGUUGCCCCAGCCACUCCUGAACCAAAAGAAGAGGAAGAAAUUAUCGAAGCUGCUCCAUGUACGCCUGAAAAAAAUCUUCUCACUACAACUGAAGUGAACAUUAUUCCAGCCACACCAGAGCCAACAACUGAGGUAAAGGUUACCCCAGCAACUCCAGAGAAUCCACCAACUGAGGUCAAUAUCAUACCAGCUACCCCUGAAAUUCCCGAAUUACCUGAAAUCAUCCAAGAAGAAGUUGCCACACCACAAGAAAUCAAAGAGGAACCCAUUCAAGAAACCACAAGUGAACAGCAGCAGCACGAGACUGAAAGUGAAGUGAUGGCAUCAUUGGAAGAUGAAGAAGACGUCCUACCGCCACCACCACCACCAACUGAAAUCGAUAUUGAUCAAUCCGAAAGUUCAGCGAUACCAUCGAGUAUUGCCGAAAUCGAAAAUAACGCCGCUGAACAAGAUGAAAUCACGGCUCAGACUAUUGCACUAAUCGAUGAGGUAACACAACAGGCAGCUUUAUUGAUCGAAAAGAAUCAACAAGAGUCCGCAGCUGAGCAACAGGAAUCCCCCGAUCAGUCUGGCACUGAAGAGGAAACUAAAUGCAAUUCACCACCAACUGCUGAAGAAGAUAUUCCAUUACCACCAUCACUACCAGCACCCGAACAAUUAUUAUUACAAUCCGAAACUCUUCCUGAAUCAUCACCCGCUUCCUCCGAUAAUGAUAUUGAAAAUGGUCAUCAUCACGUCGAACUCAUAACAUCAUCACAGGAUUCACAACUAGAAUCCCAAACUAACCGAAUAGAAGAUGAAAUCGAAGCAUCACAAGAAACAGCUGCAACUCCUGAACCACCAACAUCAAAUGGAAAUGAUACAACAACAUUAACAACUGGUACAACGAAUGGUGAUGAAGUGGAAUCGCAUACAAUCUCUUCAGCAACAAAGGAGAAUGGAAUUGGCGAGAACCAUGAACAACCAGCCGAAACAUCAGCGACAGAGAGCCUGAAUGGUGGAGUUGAACACAAGACUAUUGAGGAAAUGAAGGCUGAUCAUCAAAUUGAAAAAGUAUCGAACGACGUGGUAACGCAGGAAGUAGCCAUUGUGGGCGAAUAAUUUCAUUGAUAUUAUUAUAUAUUUUAUAAAUAUUAUUAGUUUCUCUUUUUUAAAAACAAACAAAAACAAAAAACAACACACAAAAACACAAAACAAAAAUAAAACUUCACUAUCCCCUAUAUACACACUCAACAACAACAAAAACAACAAACAAAAAUUAACACACACAAUAAAACACAAACACACAAAUUCACACUCAUUCUGAUACAAAUAAUAAUAAUAAUAAAAAAAAAUAUACAACAAAAUAUAAAUAUAUUAACUUGCUAAAUAUUAAAAAGAAAAAGAAAAACUCAAACUUACUCAAAAUAAACAAAAAAUCAAACAGCAACAAAUUCGAAGCGAAUCAAAUGAGAAUUUAUUUAAAAUUAUAUUAAACGAAAAAAAGAAAAAACAAACAAAAAUAAAUAAAUAAAUAAAUAAAUUUAAAUAUGAAUAUAAUGUAUGUAUGAAUAUGAAAAAUAAGGGAUAUUCACAUCUAAAUGCUAAGUAAUUCUGUAGGGAAAUAAUAAAAAAAAAGAAAUAAUAAAAUUAAAACAAAAGAAAAAGUCUGCAAAAAAAAACAGGACUUCCAAAAUUGUACACAUACACAUAAUAGACACACUCCCCUUAAUCCUCAUUCCCCCCAUAACCACUCUCCACACUCACAUUCAAGAAAAAUAAUAACAAAAUUCUAUAAAUUUAGAAGUUAUAUUAAACAUUAAAAUCCAAUUUACUUAUUUUGUUUUAUACGUACACGUUUUCUUUUAUAGAUAUUAUAUAUAAUGCAUAUACAAAACAAAAAUAAAAUUUAAAAGAACAAAUUUAAUUUAUAGUUUUAUUUUAUUUUCUUAAAAGAAAAAAACCCUAAAAGUUGUAUACAAGAAAAAGGAAAACAUACAAAAACAUAAAAUUGUAAAAUAUCCCGCGCAAAACAAAAAAAAAAACAUUAAAAAAAAUUAAAAAAUAAAAACAUAAAAACAUCGCAUUAACAAGCUCAUUUUAAACUUUAUAUGUUUCGGUUACUUUAUUAUUCAUAUACAUUUAUAAUAUUUGUUUAAAAAUAAAAUAUAAAUCAACAAAAAUUUAAGUAGUUUGUGUACAUUGUUUGUUAUAUAGGUUGCAACAAAAAACAAAAAAACAAAAACAAGAA